AUGCUUCACUCCACCUGGGCAGUGUCCCACAUGCUUCACUCCACCUGGGCAGUGUCCCACAUGCUUCACUCCACCUGGGCAGUGUCCCACAUGCUUCACUCCACCUGGGCAGUGUCCCACAUGCUUCACUCCACCUGGGCAGUGUCCCGCAUGCUUCACUCCACCUGGGCAGUGCCCCACAUGCUUCACCCCACCUGGGCAGUGUCCCGCAUGCUUCACCCCACCUGGGCAGUGUCCCGCAUGCUUCACCCCACCUGGGCAGUGUCCCGCAUGCUUCACUCCACCUGGGCAGUGUCCCACAUGCUUCACUCCACCUGGGCAGUGUCCCGCAUGCUUCACUCCACCUGGGCAGUGUCCCGCAUGCUUCACUCCACCUGGGCAGUGUCCCGCAUGCUUCACUCCACCUGGGCAGUGUCCCGCAUGCUUCACUCCACCUGGGCAGUGUCCCACAUGCUUCACUCCACCUGGGCAGUGUCCCGCAUGCUUCACUCCACCUGGGCAGUGUCCCGCAUGCUUCACUCCACCUGGGCAGUGUCCCGCAUGCUUCACUCCACCUGGGCAGUGACCCACAUGCUUCACUCCACCUGGGCAGUGCCCCACAUGCUUCACCCCACCUGGGCAGUGUCCCACAUGCUUCACUCCACCUGGGCAGUGUCCCACAUGCUUCACCCCACCUGGGCAGUGCCCCACAUGCUUCACCCCACCUGGGCAGUGUCCCGCAUGCUUCACUCCACCUGGGCAGUGUCCCGCAUGCUUCACUCCACCUGGGCAGUGCCCCACAUGCUUCACUCCACCUGGGCAGUGCCCCGCAUGCUUCACUCCACCUGGGCAGUGCCCCACAUGCUUCACUCCACCUGGGCAGUGCCCCACAUGCUUCACUCCACCUGGGCAGUGUCCCGCAUGCUUCACUCCUCUCUCGGCAGCACAAACAAUAGAACAUCACACUAUAGAAUGAAAGAGCACUGUAAAAGAUCUGGAAGUUUUCAUGUCGGAAGAUCUUACUUUUAG